AAGAUGGCGGCUGCGAGGUGCUUGGGGAAAACGUGGAAUUAUCUUACGGCGUUUAGAGGCCUGGCUACUGUCAUACCGAAGGUCUCCCAAGUAGAUAAUUCUUCCGAUUUCUUGGGCAAAAUUCCACAUCGCCAGCACCCGGGCAUCCUCCAUCUCAAAAAUGUUAGGCUUCCUCCUGAACUGGUAGAAGUAGCUCACUUUCUGGUAACUGAAUCCUCCAUGCGGAAUCUGGAGCAACAAACCAAGGCCCUCACCAACUACCUGUGGAGCCGCAAACGCCCCCUGGAGGCUGCAGAUCUGCACAGGAAGGCUCGUGAAUUGGAGCAGAAAUUUCAGGAGAAGAAAAAUGCAACGGGCCCUCUGGAUGAGCAAGCCGAGGCGAAGCUGCAGAAAAAGGUCUUGGAUGCCCUCCGAAAAGCAACUUACCACUGGGAGGAGCUGAAGUACACUGAAGAACUCAGCUUUAUAUACAUGGCAGCCCGGAUGGACGGGGUUUUUGCAGCUGUGACACGAGCUUUCCAUGAAAUCCAGAAGAGAGUCUCGGACUUUGAGCCGCGCACCCUGUUGGAUUUCGGCUCAGGAACGGGCGCUGUCACCUGGGCAGCACACGGCAUCUGGGGCAAGAGUAUCAACGAGUACAUGAACAUCGAUAGUUCGGCUUCAAUGUUAGCCUUAGCUGAGAGGCUGAUGAAAGGCAUUUCUGGGGACAAGAAUAUCUGCAUCCCAGGAGUCUACUUUCGGCAGUUCCUCCCAGUUUCACCAAAGGUGAAAUUUGACCUUGUGGUUUCUGCUUUCUCACUCAACGAACUCCAGAGUUAUGCUCAGAGAGUGGAGACAGCGCAGACACUCUGGAGAAAGACAGGUGGCUUUUUGGUUCUGGUAGAGAACGGGACCAAAGAAGGUCACCAGAUGCUCAUGGAAGCCCGGGAUCUUAUAUUAAAGGGCACAGAUGAAGUAGUUCAUGAUCCCAGAGAGCCUUCCGUUUUUGCCCCGUGUCCGCACCAUUUGCCAUGCCCUCGUUUGUCGCCUGACCGUAUCCUGCCAUGUAACUUUACCCAGACAUAUUUCCCGCUGCCUUUCAGUUGGAACCCACCACAGAAGGAGGAGAAGUUUUCAUACCUGAUCCUACGCAGAGGAUCAGGAGAACUGGAGCAGCUCUGGCCUCGGAUCACAAAGCCUGUCCUUUGUCGUACCCGCCAUGUCCACGUCCACCUGUGCUGUCCCGAUGGCAGCCUUCAGCACGCAGUGAUUACUUCAAAGAAACACAGCAGGGAUCUUUACAGAUGUGCCCGGAACAGUAAUUGUGGAGACCGCCUCCCUGUUUCGAACCUGGAUAGCGAGCCAGACUCGGGAGAAGAGAGAAGCGACACGGAUGAAGAUCACAGUUGACGGGAGCUCUGUACAGCCACCUUCCUCAUCCCAGCGUAUACCACAUCCUCUUAAGAGGCAACUUGCAUCAGAUUGGCUUACAAAUGCUGGAUCGCUUUCCAGAAUCCAUGAGCUGGUUGGAUAAACUGGUGCCACAAGUCACAUUUCCAGGCCUUCCUGGCCUGGUGGGGGAACUGUGGGAUCUUAGAGAGCAGAAGGUUUCAGUAAGCUUCAGGCAGUUUUGUAUCACUGUUAAACAUACUGAAGUUGUUCCUGCUCCUUGGAGACACACUGUGCAUGUAUUUAAUAUUGAUCUGUUUUUCUGUGGUCUUACAUGGUCGCAUAUUUAUUCAUAAACUCCAAAGAGUCAUUUUCUGCUUAACCAGUCACCAGAGGUGCUUUGCCAGUCUAUAUUGUCUGUCCGACGUGUGCAGAUUGUAGGCUGAAAACAAAACAUCAAGCACUCUGGUGUAUCUUUGUGCUGCUACCCCCUUUCAGGUAGUAGGGCGUACAUGGUUGAACCUUUAAAUCCCUCUACUAUUCUCACUUCUCUAAAAUCUAUCUGUUCAAGACCCCUGUAUUGUGGGAAAGGAUAGCUCCAAACCUCCCUGGUAUUGUAUUUGUAGGAGGAAUGUUACGGGAGAAAACUUCCAGAAAGAUCUCCUCCCAUGCAAAAUAAUAAUACGGUAAUUGUAUUGCAAGGUGCUUCUGCUUGUUUGUCCUAGUUCUUAGGUAAAGUCCCUGUUUGAAGGGGCUGAGUAAACCUGUUGGGGCACUUACUCUCAUAUGGACCCAGUAGGAGGCUUAAUGCAGCUGGACUGCAUGGGAAGCCUUGCCUAUGCGUGGGGAACCUGUGAGUCUCUGGAGAUCAGGCUUCCAUUGGUCUCCCAUGGUCAGGGAUGAUGGGGGUGGUUGUCCAGCACCUUAGACAAGCCACCUUUAGGCUGGGGGGAGCUGCCUCUGGGGCUUAGUGCAGAUGAAUUUCUCCUUUAGAACGUGGACAGUCAGGUUGGAUAAAGAACAUCAAAGCAGCAGAGAUCCUUUCCCUUUCUUUCAAGGCAGGCUCAUGGGCGGAAGAAUGUGGUUCUAAAUGGAAUUCGUGGGUGUGAGCCUGAAACAAGGAGCUGGUAGAUCUCUAGUUUUGGUCCAGGGCUGAAGGGUGUGAUCUUGACUCUUGGUUUCAUUCUCAGCUCUGGAAAUAAAUUAGAGGUUUAAAAUAGGGCUAGGAGGGAUCCUGGAUUCAGUUCCUUGUUUUGGAAUUGGGGCAGAGAGUGGAGAAGAGCCAAGGGUGUGGGAGCUGGGAUUCCUGAGGUGUGCAAACAACUCAAGGCUGUGUGCUGGAAUUAAUGUAUUAUUAGGUGAUUU